AGCGCGGCGCGCGAGUUGAGGGAGGCACCGGCAGCCGUCGACAUGUUCCGCGGCCCUGAGGGCGAGGCCGGCCGGGCCGGCUCCAGGGCCAUGAAGCCCCCAGGAGGAGAAUCGAGCAAUGUUUUUGGAAGUCCAGAAGAAGCUGUUCCUUCAAGCAGGCCUAAUAGGAUGGCGUCUAAUAUUUUUGGACCAACAGAAGAACCUCAGAACAUACCGAAGAGGACAAAUCCCCCAGGGGGGAAAGGAAGUGGUAUCUUUGACGAAUCAACGCCCAUGCAGAUUCGGCAGCAACUGAACCCACCUGGAGGGAAAACCAGUGACAUUUUUGGCUCCCCAAUCACUGCCACUUCACGCUUGGCACACCCAAACAAACCCAAGGAUCACGUUUUCUUAUGUGAAGAAGACUCAAAAUCAGAUCUUAAAGCUGCACCCAGAGAAGAGCCACUCGAGAAAGGCAACUCAAGAGAAGCAGACCGUGCCAAGGAGCAAGAGCCCAUGCUCAGGGUUGACAGCCAUGAGCCCAGGUUGGGGCCACGGCCUCGCUCUCACAACAAAGUCCUGAACCCUCCAGGAGGCAAAUCCAGCAUCUCCUUCUACUAAAAGAAGCUACUGCUUCCCCCAUAGUCAGACAAGAAACUCGAGAGAGAGGGUGUCGAAUAGCAUCGUUUUUGUUUUUGUUUUUAGCCCAAAUGAGUGGGGUGGGGAGAGGGUUUGUCGUAUAUAUGAGGCUGGCUGCACAGAGGGCCAAGCCUUCCAGACUGCCGAAAGACACAUCCUUGGGAUAGGGUGUGACUCCCCUGGUGUUUGCUCAGCUGUGAGAGGAACACAAGUGGGCAAGAGCGGGGAGGUGGUGCAGGGCACAGGGAGGCUUAGUGAGGUGGGGUCUUCCGUGUUCGUGCCUCAGCAGUCUGCCAGCUAAUAGGGCACGUAGGAAUGACUGACAGAAAACCAAAACAACCUGUCCGUUGCUGAGGGAUGGAGGAGCAUGGCAUAGGCAGAAACACUAACAGGGUGCGAGGUGAAACACCCCCCUUUAAAUGUAAUGCCAUUGACCCUUCACCAAAAUGUUUUCCAUGCCUGAGAUUACCACUGUUAAACCCCAGCGUCUCUGUGUCAUUUUACCCCCAGUAUAUUGUUCUUUAGUUUUUUCUUAAAAGAUCUUGAUUGCUUUUCUUCGGCAGCUUUCAAGAAAAACCAAAAAGUCCUCUCAGUCUUCUGCUUUCUGGAAGGUUUUUGUACCCUGAUCCUCUGAGGUGCCCAGUUUCUGCCAUCUAAGUCAUUGGCCAGGUCUCAUGUAGGAAUCUGCCUCUCUCUCAAAAGGGACUGGUCUGCGCCCUUCACCUGCCAGUUUUGCUUGUGAAUUGUUCCUUUUUUCUCUCUCAUCAGCCUUAAGUCUAGGCCAUUGUUCUUCACCAGUGAUGUAGAUAGUUCCCUUCACAAGCCACGGUUCUUCCUGUAAAUAAGGCCACUGACUGCAAGACUUCCAAAAUCUAUUCAUAUAUAUCCAAGUAAUGGUCUUAUUUAAGUUUGUCCUAUGUCUUACGUUAUUCCUCUGAUGUUGGUGGGAAGCAGAGAUGCUUUAGAACCUUGAGUUCUUAGAUUUGGGUUCUUUAAUGUCUCAAAGUUAAUUUUAAAUACCAGCUUCCCAUAUAUGAUUGACACCUUUCCAGAAAAAAGUCAGUUGCUCAGGUACACCAAAGAGGAAAAAGAGCUGCUUAGGCCAUCUUUUAUAAAGCUUCACAGAACCUCUGGAUCACAUUCAUAAACAGCCUUCUGGAAGAGACUAGACCUUAGGCCAGGAGAUUAAGUAGUUUGGCUGCAAAGUCACAACUCUCCAAUUCCAUGAUAUUUGCCAACAAAGAUAAUGGGCUGGCAAGAGUCAUGUUGCUUUUAUCUGUUGGGCACAAGUCCCUCCCAGUCACCCAAUGGGGCUGUAGUCUCGAUUCCCGUGCUUUCCUUGUGGUGGACAUCUGCUAACAGGAGAGAGUCUGGGUAUGGUAGCUGUUGCUCUGAAUGCCUACACAGCUAACACCAGGUGCUAGAAACAUAACUGUGGAAAUUUAAAAAGCAAGUCUCACUCUGACUUUAUCACCUAGCUGCGUAAGUGCCUGCUGAGCUACCUUCCAUGCCCUGCUUCCUGUGCCUGGCACAUUGAGGGGUCUGCAUGUGGCUUUGUCGACCAAAGACAGUUUCCCCCUCUCAACUGCCCUGUGGAUUUUGGAGCCAAGAAACACAUUCCAUGGGACUGUACAUACUUUAAAUAGUUUGUGGUUCAAAGUUUUUAAGAAAGUUUGGAAUUCAGGAAAUUAUUUUUUGCCUGUUAAAAAACAUCAUAAACGGUGGUUAGCUUUUUAAACCUAAACAUACUCACUUAUUUAACUUACAAGGAAAUAGUGUAAUGGUAGAAAUGAAUUGCCAUUAAUAACUAUUUUUAAUAAGGAAAUGAUUUUUGAAUUCCAAGUUGGAUUGCCAGAAAGAAGCCUGACAUUACCAUGCUGCCCCUGUAACCCUCCCGCAGCCCCUUCUCUCAGAUGAGAGGAAUAGCACUCUAGCUCUGUCCACUGGGGAUUCUGGAUGGAGAUGGGAGAAACCAGAGAUGGGAACAGUGGUCUCGGUAGUGAGGAAAACCUGAACUACAGCAGUAGCCCCUGGGCAGCAGUGACAAAACUUGCCACCUACUCUUCUCCCGACCUUUCCCCCUUCCCCUCUGUGAGGCUGUGGGCUGAGUUUAGAGUGCCUGGGUGGUCUGGUGUCCUAGUGAGCCCCAUGGGCAUGGUUGUCAUUUGCAUUUGGAAGAUGUGCUAUACAUUGGGGAUUGCUUGUAUUUAGAGGGUUAAAAAACACUUAGCAUCCUUUUCUCAACCUCUAAGCUGCAUUGGGAAUUUACUAGUCUCUAUUAAGCCUUGAAACUUUUUUUAAGUGUAUUUGGUGCCAACAUUUUUCUAGAGCUGUAUCAAAACAAAAUACGUCACAAUGUAAUUUUGAUAGGAACAUUUUAUUUUUACAAGGCAGAAUUGGGUAUAACAGUUGAAUUAAACUUAGUAAUUAUGUCCUCAGAGUCUUUGCCUGUUAGUUGUGUCUAUGUGCUUUCCUCAGCAGUCCAUUCUCCAGAUGGAAUGCCUGACCGCUGCUGCUGCCCUCAUACCUCCACAGCUGCUUUUCACUGGGAAAGUGGUUCACCUUUUUUUUUUUUUUUUUUGCAUCUAGCCAGAGGAUUCCCAAGUAAGUCUUAAAGCUUUAAGGAGAACGAGUGAGGAGUAUGCCAGUGGUGGUUUUCAGUUUCUGUAAAUUAGAUGAUGAUUCCUUUUUCUUUUACACCAUUAAUACUAAAGAACUUACGGCGCUUAACGUGCUUCUGACUUGGCUUUGAAACUCUCCAGUGACAAGCCUGGUAAUGUGUAGAUGAGGUGCUGAGCUGUUAGGGUUUGUCAGAUUGAAGUCCCAUAGAGAAAGCACAAAUUGGAUGUCUUUCCUCCUGAUGUAUUAGCUAUUUUCAUCUAUCCCACAAGCAAACUUAAUAUCCUUAUAUGCAUUGUGUGGAUUUAGGGUGAUGAAAAUUCUCAGACUGCUGAUGUGCCACUCCAUUCUGCCUGCUGAAUCAGGGCUUCAGAAAUAAGACCAACGUGGGUACCUUAAACACCACCUUCACUUGUUCACCCACAAACACUUUGGAGUGUAGAGCAAGUUCCAAGAAUUGGCUAGGCAUUGACAACGUUAAAUGACCUAUUUGUAGCAGCUGCUCGAGUUGCAGGCAAGCAUUAAGAUCUUAGAGAGCCACAGCUCAUCUUGUCCCCAGAGACCAGCCAGGAGCCCAGUGUGGAAGAACCAUGAUGGCUCCACCAAAGUUAGGGUGAGGGCGUGGACAAACAUCAGAGGGUUGCCACGUCAAGUCCUGUACCUUGUCCAGAAAUACACUGGCCCUUCUGACCUAGUAUAACUCGCCCUAUUCUUUGUGAUGUACCUCAGUGGCUCAGACUUUGGAAACGUGUAUGCCUCUUCCUGUGUUAGCUGGUUUGUUUCUUUUGAACUUGUUCUCGAUUCUUAGCAUUCU